AUGCAGGAGCACGUGUCGCUCCAGGCAGCCGCACGGGGCGCUCUGCGAAAGCGAGAGAAGCACCGGAGAGGGAGCACCCGCACAGAAGAGCAAGACCUGCCACAUCUACCACAGCCCUCGUACGAGGCCUCGGACGAGACACAGAGACCACCGCCGCCGAGCAUCACCGUCGUCGACAGGUCUUGGAAUUCGGUGCCCGCGCGUGCUCUGCCCUGCGCGCACGGGGCGAGCGCGAGGCCGCCGGGGCCCGCUCCUGGCGCCACGCGGGCUCCGCCAGCGGCGGGCCCGCGGGCGCGUGACAGAGCCGACCCCGGAGAAACUCUGUGGCGGCUGGGGGCCGCUGGCUCGACUCGGUCGUGCUGA